CCCUUCUCCUCAGCUUCUUCUCAACCUUUCUUCGUUUGACGGCCGUCUCAGCUUCCUUCAAAUUGACAGACGUUUAAUCUGCAGGUUUGAGUGCUGUCUAUCGCUGUCGCACCACCGUCGCAGCAGCUCUGAGACUAGGGCUCGGAGAACUUCCAGAUCCAGUCGAGGCACCAGGUGAUGCACGUGACCCGACAAGUUCCGUAAUUUUUUCGUUCGUCGUCACCUUUCUUCCUCCGACGUCUCCUCACAGCGACGACGGGACGGCCAAUAACUAGAGCGAGCCAACACAAUGUGGCCAUUUUCGGGUUCAAAUCAGGAUGCUCCGGCUCCCGCGCCCUCGGCGACCGAGGGAGUUGCGCCGACAUACAACUCAGCCGGCCCUUCCUCAGCGCCACAGCAGCAGCAGCAACAACAGCGACAAGACGGCACGGCGACCGAUUACUUCCAAUCGUCAUCUGCCAAGUUUGAUCGCUCGCAGUCGCCUCAGUACGAUCCUAGCUACACGCCGAACACAUCAGACCUGUUCAACAAUGCUGCCUUCGACGUCGCACGAUUGCAUCCCAUGGCCGGCCUCGGGAAGGAUGAGAUUGAAUACCUCGACAUUGUCGAUGCGCAGCCUUCGACGCUGGAGGGUGGGCGCACCGCGCUGCCCAGCCGGGGGUGGAGCGACGAUCUUUGCUAUGGAACUGGGACCACAUAUCUGUCGGGUCUUGGCGUUGGUGGCCUCCUCGGUGCGCGAGAGGGCCUGUUUAGACCGCUGGGCGUUCAGUCGCCGACAUUCCGCCUGCGACUCAAUGCCGUGCUGAACCAAAUCACAAGACGGGGAAGCUUUAUGGGCAACAGCGCCGGUGUCCUGGCCCUCAUCUACAACAUCUUUGACGCCUCCAUCGACGGCAUGCGCGGCAAGCACGACAUCUGGGGCAGCAUCGGUGCCGGUGGGCUCAGCGGCGCCCUCUUCAAGUGCACCGCCGGCGUUCGCCCCAUGAUGAUUUCGAGCAGCAUCAUGAUGGGUCUCGCCGCAACAUGGUCUACCGCAAAGACUGCGCUUCUUUAAUUUCGUGUAGGAGCACAUACAUUCGCAGAGACACAUCUUCACCACCACUCGCUUUCUUCCUCUGUCUUUCUCUAUCAAUGGCAAUGGUCCAUUCCGUGCUCACAUCUUGCUCGCGCCCAGAUUGCCAAAGCCUAGUUCGAGGCCGACUGCCAGAUGGGCGAGCCUAGCAUCGACGGCGUAUCCCUUCUUUUGGAAGUCUGUGCAGAGAUAUAGCAUCAGCUGCGAUACUCUGAAUCUGGUGGGCGUGAAUGAGACACCAACCACUGAGGCUGUUGGUGAGGCCACGGAGAGGGACGAGGUGCUUCUCGAUGAUCUCGCCCUCGUCUGGCUUCGCCACAGGAUCGGGUGCAUCGUCUGCGACGUCGAUCCG